CUUUUGCGCGAUGGACCUCCCAGUUUAUAGUACAAGUCAGCCUUCGUUAUGUGCCCUGCCCGUGGAGCUCAUCCAAGCCAUUCUUUGCAAUCUUCCAGAUCUCGAGUCCCUUAAAUCGGCCCAAUUGACGCAUUCUGCGCUAUACUUUGCCUUCAUCGGCGCUGAAAGUCACAUUUUAAAGCAGAUAUUAGCGCAGAAGAUUCCUACGGCGCUUUUACCAGAUGCGGUUUUCGCCUUCGACGCAUCCACUGUGGAGGGCGUGUGGACGCAAGAUGAAGUGCACUCCAUAAUCUACCGGCAUCGGACCCGCCAAAUCUCUUCAUCAUUUCCUCUAAACCCCCAGUCUGCUUUUAAAAUCAGUAAAUUAUAUCGCUGGGUUCGACAUUUCACCAGACACUUUCUCAGGCAGGCAAUAUCCGACCCAAUGCAGGGGAGAACCCACCCGCCUAUGCCUUUAUAUCAACCAACAUCCUCAGAGGAGUGUAGAGUAGCAAGGGCACUCUACCGUUUCGAGAUCCAUCGCCAUCUUUUUAGGAUGCGUGAGCCGUAUGCGAAUUAUUCCAAGUGCUCACCGGACUUCCUGAUAAGUGACCAAUGGGGUUACUAUUUCCGCCACUUUCCCGCGUGGGAACUUGAGCAGAUACUGUCAGUCAGUGAGUAUCUCUUUCGGAGGGUGGCCAUCUGUGGGUGUCUCUUUUAUUCAUUUCCUAGACCGGGUCACACAAGCUCCGAAAUCUGAUUGCUAAACAGGUUUGCGGCCAUUCGCAGAGAAUAGGACUUGGACCACCGAGGGUAUCUGGUAUUAUUCCAGCAAUGCCUACCUAAUGACAGAUCCAUCGCCUGUAGGAACUCUAGUGAGUUCUACACAGACCCGU